GCGGGAUCCGGGCAAAUUGCCAUCCCUACCUUGAACCCUCACAAAACCUUAUCCUCUUCUCUUCUCUUCGCUCUCAGAAACGUAAACAAUUGCAUUCCAUUCUUCCUGUAAGAGAUGAUUCUAAGUGGGGUUCACUUCGGACAGAGGCGGCUCCUCCCGUCGCUUUCUCGACGGAGGCAACCCUUUGCUAAGGCCACAAGAAUGGUCUCAACUACCAGCAACAACAAAGAGAAGAAAAAGAAGGUGAUGGUGAUAUCUGGGCCUACAGGGGCUGGUAAGAGCAGGCUUGCUUUGGAGCUUGCCAAGCGUCUUUAUGGUGAAAUCAUAAGUGCAGACUCUGUCCAGGUUAGUCUUUCUCUUUAGGUGUUGUUUUUUUGGUAAUCGAUUGAUGAUUCUUUGUGUUCUGAUGAUCAAUUGUAGCAGAAUACAAGAAAUUGUGUCUGGGUUCCUGAGUUUUCAUGCAAAUAGAAUUUUGGAUUACAAAGAGAGAAUUUUUAGUUUCCUAAGGUUGGUUCAGUGUACAGGAAUGAAAGAAAUCAUAUCCAAGUUCUUUUGUUUUUUUUUUUUCUCUGUAAUCUGAAAUGGGGUCUUGAAGCCAUUGUGAAGAACUAGAAGUCAGUAGGGUACUCUCAGUUUGUAAUUUGUUUUUCUUUAGUAGCAGCACUCUUAUAAGCUGCUCAUGAUGUACUUUUAGUCUUUUGGAUAAAUGUGAUUCACAUUU